AUGUCGCGUAAUAUUUUAGACGAUCACAGAAUUCAAGAAAUUCUAGAGGAAGAUGGUAUUGAAGGAGAAGUCUCUUCAGAAAUUGAAGAUAACUUAGAGAUCGACGAUGACGACUCAAAUUCCAGUCAAAGCGGCGAUGAUGAUAAUUCUGAGGCCGAAGAUUUUUCAGCAGGUAAUAUUUCUGCCGAAAUGUUACACAGAAGACCUGAUCUCAGUGAUGUGCCUCUGAGUUAUAUCCGUCAAGGAUACUAUGUGGGUAGAAAUGGCUCCACUAACUGGAGUAUUGAGGAACCCCCUAGAAAUGUUCGUACUCGUAGCCACAACAUUAUAUUUCAUGCGCCGGGACUGAUUAAUGAGGCAAAAGAUGCACUUACGCCUUUGGACUGCUGUAGUUUUAUGUUCUCUGACAGUCUUUUAGACACGGUUGUGACAUAUACCAAUAUGUAUAUUGACAGUAUCCACGAUAACUUCCAAAGAAAAAGAGACUGCUUACAUACGGAUUUGUCAGAAUUGAAGGCUCUACUUGGGCUUCAUUAUUACUGUGGAAAACUUCGUGGAGCGCAUUUGAACACCAUGGAUUUUUGGGCAAUUGUCGGCACUGGAUCAGACGUGUGCAUAGCUACCAUGUCACGACAAAGAUUUAAUUUUUUACUUCGUUGCCUUAGGUUUGAUGAUCCAAAUAUACGCGAACAGAGGAGACAAAAUGAUAAACUGGCUGCAAUUAGAGAUUUAUUUACCAAAUUCGUUUAA